AUGGUAACCCCACGAAGUACCCAGAAACGCAAACGAAGGCAAGAAAAUAAUGAUGAAACGCAGAGAAAGAAACGCAAAACGACUAAAGAUCAAGAACACAUGAUGCAACAAGAAAAUCAAGAAUCUGCCACCGAACAACAUGUUCAAGAUCAGACACUACAAGUUCAAGAUCGGAUACAUGUGAAAGAACAGGAAGUUCAAGAACAGCAAGUUCAAGAACAGAUACAUGGGGCUGAACAGGAAGUUCAAGAUCGCGGCCGCAUACAACUGAACGAGGUGACAGACAAUGCAAUCUUAACGGAAACUACGCGGACAGCAAGCGAAAGGGAGAUGCUGUUAUCUGAAGUGAAAUCCCUGUUGUCUCACUUCAAAGAUACAAAGAAAGAGGAGGAAGAGGCGGAUUCCGGCAGGUGUUUUCAGAAGGCCAAGAACUGGGUGGACUUGAUAGGAGCACUUGUCAGGAUUGCUGAAAAAAUGUGUGAGUUGAUCAAAGCGAUUCAUGAUAUACGAGGUGCAAACUAG